AUGAAGAUUUCUAUAAUCCUGUCGAUUGCUUUCGCAACUUUAGGCCUUGCCGCUAGAAACAUCAUGCACUUGGACAAAAACUCUAUCGAGGCGCGCACUAUAUAUGAACCUCUUGCUGGGGGUAUUGGCUACCGAGCCUACGUAGAUGGCAGCCUCUGUUCUUGCACUGAGUGCACUCCAGUAGAUUGCACCCACAUUUACAAGGAGUAA